UGACGCUGGAAAAUAUUUUUGUUGGUGCUGCAAGGCGAGAAACCAGAGUAGAGAGGAUUUAUGUAGAUCGCCUGGACGAUAUUUUACGUUAUUGCAUAAGCAUUUCUUUUACACUUGGAUUAUCAAGAUUAAGGAGACUUCUGUGUAGUGCAUCGACGAUGUCGGUGAAUAUGGAAGAACUAAGGCAUCAAGUCAUGAUCAACCAGUUUGUUUUGACCGCUGGUUGUGCCGCUGACCAGGCAAAGCAGCUCCUUCAGGCGGCUCACUGGCAAUUCGAGACAGCAUUAAGCUCCUUCUUCCAAGAGGCUAACGUUCCCAGUCAUCACCACCAGAUGAUGUGCACCCCACGCAACACGCCAGCCACUCCGCCUAACUUCCCAGAUGCCAUCACCAUGUUCUCCAAGCUGCGGGCCUCGGAAUGCAGCAGUGGCAACAGCGGAGGUCCUGUGCCCGGCUCCAUGGCGUGCUCCCCACCACCCCCAUCUAGUUUUGGCUCCUUCUGGGCCUCCUCUCCACCCAGCCAUCAGCCCAACUGGUUGCCCCCCUCGUCCCCCACCAGCCACCACCUUCAUCACCACCACCUGCAACAGACGCCCAUGUGGCCCCCAGUGUCCCAGCCUAGCAAAGCCCAGCAAACAGCUGUUGUAUCUGGACUGCACAGCCAGAGAUGAGACUAAACUGUGGGAGGGGAGGGAAGCAGUGGGUGGGUGGGGGUCUCGAUGAAUUUAAAGGGAUGGGGUUUAAAUAAGGUGUAGGUAUGUGGGCAGUGAGGGGUGAUAUAGAUCUUUGUUUUUUUUUCUUGAAUAAUGAUGAACAAUCUUUUCACUUUUGAAUACAUAUUCUUUCUCUUUUCCCAUUAUUGAUGUGCAACAAUUCAAGCCUUGUGAGAGAACCACUAUCCAAUUCAAAUGAGCAAAUGCGGAAGACAUCCUGCAAUCAAGGUGACUGUCUCUGCCCACCGGAGGAAGGAAUGUUCUUUGGCUCAGAUCUUUAAGGGAGGACGUGUAUAUCAUGGCACUAAACUCAACAAUGCAAACAAGCCACCAAAUUUGCCACAGGAAACUUCUGCGGACAAAAAAGGAAGAAAAAAUAUUCAAAGCGGUGUAAUGUGUGGCUGGGGAUUUCUUUGUUUUUUUGGUUUUUAUACUUUGACAUAUUCAUGCUUUCUUUUUUACUGUUCCUGUUACCUAAUUUAGCUGACUGAUACCACACAAAGCACUGACAAAGCAAGAAUACAGUUACCAGCAGACAAUAACUGCAAAGUUUUACAGUGGCAUCUGUCUACAUUUAUCUCAAUAUUAAGAGGAAAAACCUGGUGCAUUACCUCAAAGCCUGAUAUGUUUGAUAGUGUUGCCGCUCUAACACCCUAAAUAACCUGUGGGUGCAAUUUUUGUUUGUUAAAAUUUUCUGCCAGAAAUGCUUUUGGUAUGGAGAGAUUUUAGAAUAUAAUUGCUUAUGGAAUUUGGACAGUAGUUGAAAUGGAUUUACUGUCUGAAAAUUAUUAAAAAACAAUGUUACUUUUUGUUUAGAGAUUAAAACUUAACAAAAAGGUGGAAUGUGAACUUUUACAAUUUAAUUUUGAAUUAUGACUUGGUGACAUAACUAUAUAAUCAUUAAAAGAAAAUAUUCACACUGUGGACACAAUCUGCCUCAGUUCUGUGAUGCUGCAUAUAAUGUCACAGGGCUCAGAUUUACAAAGAUUUUGACCUAUAGAUUUUUCAUCAUUACUUUCAUGUGGGUGAUGGAAAGAGCUGUUGAUUAGUUUGUUUGGAAAGCUCAACUGCACAGUCUGCACAAACAAACAUACCUGCAUCUACCUCUGCUUGAUGAGAGAAGCUUUUGCAUGCUCUGAACGUACUAGUGAAGACAGACACUAAGCAAGGUGCAGGAAUCUUUGUAGGUAACGUUCAGGAGAUGACGCGGUUGUUUUGCUGUUGAUGCUUCUGGGGACAACCACUCAGUCCUCCAAGACCUCCCGCAGACUUAACUAAUAUCUUAGGAAGGGACAGGAAGGACAGUGUUUAGCUUGAGUCCUAGAUCUUUGCUGUGAUUUCUGUCUGUUCCCACAUGUUACCAUCACAUCUUAGAAAUAAUGGUUGAGGAAAUGGUAAUAUCAAGUUAUGUUAAUCGCGGUGAAUAUCUUGUUUAGUUGGGAUCAUCGAGAUGAUAAAUUUGCAGGUGUGAACUGAUAUGUUGAGACCUUUGAGGUCAUGAGUUUUGUAGCCUUUUUAAUUAUUGGAUUGUGGAAGUGUUUUAUGUGUUGAAAGCAUAGAACUAUCAGUCCAUUGUGUCAAAAUGUUUGUGAAUCUGCAGUGGACACAAGUAACUUUAAAAAUGUUAAAAUUGAGGUAGCAAAAAUGAGGAUCAUAAACUUCAUGGAAAAAAGUAUGACUUUACUUAGGGGGUUAAUUGUUUUUGCAAUGUGAGGAUACUCUUGUAAUGUCACUAAAUCAUCUCAAAAUUAUUUGUUUUAUUUGUGGGUGUCUUAAAUCUAGAUGGCCCACAUCAUUGUAUUAUUUUUUAUUUUAUUGUGAACCUUAUUGUGAUAUGGGACACAUUGCAGUUAUUUCCAUGGUUUCAUAAUCUGCAGAAAGCAGAACUGAAAUUGCUGAAAUUUUGAACUGAAAUUGUAAACUUCCACUAUUCAUGUGAUUCAGUUAAUCAUUCAAACCAAAAUGUUGUUUUUCAAAAUAAUAAUAAUAAUAAUAAUAAUAAUAGUUAUUAGUAUUAUUUCUUUUUUUUCCAUGUCAUCCCUCAUUUUUUUGGUCAAUAGUGCAGUCAUCACUUCCAUAGGCUGUUUUGUAUGUCCUGUUUUUUUAAUGCAUCACUAUUUUCAACAGGUUGUAUUUUUGAACCUGUGCUCCCUUUUUAAAUGUACUUUAAUAAUAUCACUGUGGAUUAUCGGAAUCUCAGUGGACAUUUCAAUGUUGGGCACACCCAUGUCAUGUGACCAACACCAACUCAUGCCAAGGUUUGGCUUUGCCACCUGGGACACUGCUCCAGUAAGCCAUCAUAUGAUCUCUUCUGGAAGAUCUUGUAUUUCAGAGGGACAGUAAAAGCAUAUGUAAAUAAAGUUGAAUGUAAAUACGUAAAAGCAAA